AUGAUGAAAAGUCUUCUAUCUCGUCUAUGUUCAUGUGAACGAACCAAUUUCAAACAGACUGAUAAAUUAAAUAAAAAUUCGAAUAAUGAAGAAGAUAAAUUGGAAACUAUUGAUUUUAUUGAAAGUGAAAUACGAGCUUUCUCUCCAAAAAUAACCUGGAAACAUCUCUGGACCUUGAAUGAAACACAAAAUGCAUUAUUAAAUUCACCAUUUAUUAAUAUGCCAACUGAAAUGAUACUCAAAAUAUUUGGAUUACUCUCAGUUCCUGAUCUAGAAAAUGUUUCAUUAGUUUGUCGACAUUUUAAAAUGAUUGUUGAUCAAGAUACUAUAUGGAAAACAAGAUGUAAUAGUAAGACUAUUCAAUUAUCAGUUAAUAUUGACAAAACUGCUCAUGUAUUAAUAUUAUUAUUAGAAAAAACUUCGAAAUUACAGCAGAAAUGGCGUAAAUCACUGAUUUUACAACAAAUGAUUAGACGAUAUUAUCGAUUUAUGCAAUUAAAAGUUCUAUAUCCUAAAAAACUUCUUAUUCCAACUAUAGAUAUUGAAAUAGUUUGGCAAACACAUCUUUUAAGACCUUUAAUAUAUCAAAAUGAUUGUCGUCGAUUAUUUCAUCAAAUUAUUGAUCAUUCUUUAUUAUUAAAUCAUACUCAACAAUCUUUUAAAGAAGAAGCUUUUUUAGAUACUUUACAUCUAUAUGAAAAACAUUUUCAUGAACCAUAUUGUUCAUUACCAUUAUAUAAAAAUGAUAAAAUGUCUUCACCAAAAUAUAUGCGUCCUCAUUUUGAUACUUUUCAAUGUUUAAUUCCAAAUUAUUCUUUUUGGGAUGAAACAUAUUUUCAAUUUUCAUCAUAUCCUCUCAAUGAUUAUGAAAAUCCAUUUUCAUUUACAGAAGCUGAUAUUAUUCUUGAUGGAAAUUGGAUAAACUCAUGCAAAACUUUUAUGAAUAUUAUCUGUUCGAAGAUGUACAUCAAUUUUUGGAGUUUUAAUCCAUUAAAACCAAUCGAUUUAAAAUCAUCAGCAAUGAAACGAUUAAAAAAAUCCUAUGAAAGAUUUUUAUAUAUAACAGCAAAAUAUUCACUAAUUAAACAAUAUGAUCUCAUUCAUCCAACAUAUGCAAUUGAUAUUAUAUGGCAUUGUCAUAUGCAAGAACCUUUAAAAUAUGCUAAUGAUUGUCAUCGUCUUGCUGGUUGCCUUAUUGAUCAUCAUCCAUGGCCAUCAAUUGAUGAAUCUCAUAUAAAACAAUCUUGUCAAAAUCUUAAUCAAUAUUGGAAAAAAGAAUUUCAGAAUGAUAUAUCAAUAGAUCAUUUUGGAUAUGAUUGA